AUGGAGACUGACGCUGAGAAAAAUAUUGAGAUUUGGAAGGUUAAGAAAUUAAUCAAAUCGUUGGAACAGGCCAGAGGUAAUGGUACAUCGAUGAUUUCUUUGGUUAUUCCACCCAAGGGACAAAUUGCCUUAUACCAAAAGAUGUUGACCGAUGAAUAUGGUACUGCGUCGAACAUCAAAUCCAGAGUUAACCGUUUAUCUGUGCUUUCGGCGAUCACAUCUACGCAGCAAAAACUAAAACUGUAUAACAAAGUGCCACCAAAUGGUUUAGUUCUGUAUUGUGGUGAUAUAAUCACGGAGGAGGGUAAAGAGAAAAAGGUUACUUUUGAUAUUGAGCCAUACAAACCAAUCAACACUUCGCUGUAUCUUUGUGACAACAAAUUCCACACGGAAGUGCUUUCGGAGCUGCUAGAGGCAGACGAUAAGUUUGGUUUUAUAGUGAUGGACGGUCAGGGCACCCUGUUUGGUUUGCUUUCUGGUAACACGAGGACUGUUUUGCAUAAAUUUACAGUGGAUCUUCCCAAGAAGCACGGCAGAGGUGGUCAAUCUGCUGUCCGUUUUGCGCGUCUGAGAGAAGAGAAAAGACACAACUAUGUGAGAAAGGUCGCUGAGGUGGCAGUGCAAAAUUUCAUCACGAAUGAUAAGGUUAACGUCAAGGGUUUGAUUCUAGCCGGUUCUGCGGAUUUCAAGACAGAUUUGGCCAAAUCUGAGAUGUUUGAUCAGAGAUUGGCAUCCAAGGUUAUCAAAAUUGUCGAUAUAUCCUACGGUGGUGAAAACGGUUUUAAUCAAGCAAUCGAAUUGUCUGCAGAGACGCUAGCCAAUGUCAAAUUCGUGCAGGAGAAGAAACUCCUGACGGAUUACUUCGACGAAAUUUCACAGGACACUGGUAAGUUCUGUUACGGUAUUGAUGACACUUUGAAAGCGCUGGAUCUUGGUGCUGUCGAGACAUUGAUUGUGUUUGAGAACCUGGAGACUUUGAGAUGCGUCUACAAGGACUCCGAGAACAAAGAAGUGAUCAAGUUCACAAAACCUGAGCAGGAAGACAAAUCAUAUGCCAUUGACAAAGCUACCGGCCAAGAAAUGGAUUUGGUCGAGGAGCAGCCUCUAAUCGAAUGGUUGGCGGAGAACUAUAAGAACUAUGGUGCGACGUUGGAAUUCAUUACUGAUAAAUCCUCCGAGGGUGCACAAUUCGUCACUGGUUUCGGUGGUCUAGGGGCCAUUUUACGUUACAAGGUCAACUUUGAGCAGCUGGUGGACGAGUCAGAAGACGAAUAUUAUGACGAGAAUGAGGGCUCUGACUAUGACUUCAUCUAA